AUGGGAUUUACACAAGAAGAAUAUGAAGAAAAAUUGAGAAACACAAAUGAGAAUGGGUAUUAUUAUAAUACGUCAAUUGGAGAAAGUAAUGGCGUGUCAUCGAAUGCAAUGGAUGAAACUGCACUGAUAUCACCUUUUGAUAAGGCAUCAGAUAGUGAAAGAGAGUGGCUUAAUAAAUUUGUGGUUAACCAGCCUAGAGAAACGGUGACAAUGUUUGAAAGGUUGACAAAAUAUUUUAAUGGUAAGCACCAUGUGGAAGAAAUUCUUUUUAGAGAAACUAUAAAGCCAAGAGAUCUUGGCAAAAUUUUAAGUUUAUUUAAUCGAGAAGAAUUAAUAAUUGUUUGGUGUUAA